CGAAAGCAAAGAAGAAGCAAGACAAGCGCAAAGAAAAGUAAAGAAAACCACCUUACCAGCCAGCAACAGCAGCAGCAACCAGAAACAUCACAUAAACAUAAACCGACAAACCAGCCAAGAAGCCAAGAAACCAACAAAAUGUACGGCAAAUCAAAGACAUCAGCGGUCCCCUCAGAUGCCCAGGCACGAGAGAAGUUGGCCCUCUACGUCUACGAAUAUCUGCUACACGUGGGAGCCCAGAAGGCGGCACAAACAUUCCUCUCCGAGAUCCGAUGGGAGAAGAACAUAACGCUCGGCGAGCCGCCAGGAUUCCUGCACACCUGGUGGUGCGUCUUCUGGGAUCUGUACUGUGCUGCGCCCGAGCGUCGGGAUCAGUGCGAUCACAGCUCGGAGGCCAAGGCCUUCCAUGAUUACGGCUUCGUCAGCUCCGGCUAUGGCGUGAAUGGCAUUGGACCCGGCGGACCACACAACGCUGGCGGUCCGGCGCCGAGCCCUCUGGGACAGAUGCCGCCCGGCGGUGAUGGCGGUCCCAUGGGACCCGGCGGACCAAUGGGUCCAAACUUUUUUCCAAAUUCAACAAUGCGGCCGUCGCCGCCAACGCAUGCAUCCAGUCCACAGCCGCCGCCGUCACAGAUGAUGCCCGGCCAGCCGCCGUUCAUGGGCGGACCCCGAUACCCUGGUGGCCCGCGACCCGGCGUGCGUAUGCAGGGAAUGGGUAACGAAUUCAAUGGCCCGCCCGGACAGCCCAUGAUGCCGAAUAGUAUGGAUCCGACAAGACCUGGUGGCGGCAUGGGUCCCAUGAAUCCACGCAUGAAUCCGCCACGUGGACCCGGCGGUAUGGGUCCCAUGGGCUAUGGCGGACCCGGCGGAAUGCGUGGACCUGCACCUGGACCCGGUGGAAUGCCGCCAAUGGGCAUGGGCGGAGCGGGCGGGAGACCGCCGCAAUGGCAGCCUAAUGCGUCGGCGCCACUGAAUGCGUAUUCAUCAUCAUCACCAGGAAAUUACGGACCCGGCCCCGGCUCGAAUGGUCCACCCGGACCAGGAACGCCCAUAAUGCCCUCGCCUCAGGAUAACACGCAAGGUGGUCCUGUCGGCGGACCCGGCGACAGUAUGUAUGCACUCAUGAAGCCAGAAUUCCCCAUGGGCGGUGGCCCUGAUGGCGGAGGCGGUGGGGGCGGACCCGGCGGCAUGGGUCCAAUGGGUGGUGGCCCCAAUUCGAUGGGUCCUGUACUUAAUGGCGGCGGUGGCCCCGACGGCACUGGCCUGGAUGGCAUGAAGAACUCACCAGCCAACGGGGGACCGGGUACGCCACGCGAGGACUCGGGCAGCGGCAUGGGUGACUAUAAUCUCGGCGCGUUUGGCGGCCCCGGCGAGAAUGAUCAAACCGAAUCGGCGGCCAUACUGAAGAUCAAGGAGAGCAUGCACGAGGAGGCCAAGCGGUUCGAGAAAGACACAGAUCAUCCGGACUACUUUAUGCCAUAACAACAUCAUCAACAUCAUCAGCAGCAGCAGCAGCAACUUCAUCAGCAGCAGCAGCAGCAACAACAGCAUCUCAAUACGGUUGCAGCCGCUGUGGCAGCUGUUGUGGCAGCAGCUGCAUCCAAUGGCACGUCGGGCAGCUCAUCGGCGGCAUCCAUAGCAGCGGCAGCCCUUGGGGCGGCAGCCUCCAAUCUGCUCAGCAAUGGCAACAACAAUUUCUAAAAACAAAAACAACACACAAAAAAAAACAAAAAACAAAACAAGCAUAAAACAAAAGCGGUAGUAAAAAUCCUUGAUACAUAAGCAUAAAGUAAUUAAAAUUAAUACAUGUAUGAGAAAAUAGAGAAACCCUUAAAUAUAAUAGACUAAAACAAAAAAAGCAAACAACAAUUUGUAAAAUGUAAAACUGUAUAACCAUAAAAAGGAUCAAACGAACAAGGACAGACAAGGAUCUGUGCCAGGUUUCCGGUUCCUGUAUAGCCCACUGCACUGCAAAUUUCUACUUGUAUUACACACGCUGUUGAUUUUAGAUAAGUUCGUUUUGUUGUUGUAUUGUAUUUUUAAUAUUAUUUGUCGUAAAUUCAACUUGAAAAUGUUCCC